CUUUCCCAUUCCCUCCGCACCUCCAGUGGCAGCUGUCACCUGUAAGCCGAGCGCCGCACAGGGGCAUGGAGCCUGGCGCCCAUUGGACAGGACCUCUCAGCAGCAACCUACCCCCCAGUCUGGGGGCCAGGCCUGGCGCAGGCGGAGGAUAGGAGUCCCAGGUGCCCUUCGCCCGGAGACUUCUCAGCACGGCGGCGAGGGCGUGACUGCAGUCCAGUUUCGGAAAUCAGAGUCCCAGGUGAGCCCGGCUGGGCGGCUGGGGCGACCCCGGAGUCGCAGACACCGAGAAUGGCGCUGGCAGCCGCCGCCGCUGCCGCCGCUGCUGCCGCAGGGGUGAGCCAGGCGGCGGUGUUGGGCUUCCUGCGGGAGCACGGCGGGCAGGUGCGCAACUCCGAGCUGCUGAGCCGCUUCAAGCCGCUGCUGGACGCUGGGGACCCACGGGGCCGCGCGGCCCGUAGGGACCGCUUCAAGCAGUUCGUCAACAACGUGGCCGUGGUGAAGGAGCUGGAUGGGGUCAAGUUCGUGGUGCUGAGAAAGAAGCCCCGGCCGCCGGAAGGACCCGAGGCCCCACUCCCCUCCAGCCCUGGAGUGCCAGCCGCGCUGGCCCAGUGCGCUGCUGUCCCAGCGGAGGACAACUGUGCCCCCGGGGCUCCCCACUCCCCACAGCGAUCAGGAGAACCGCCGGAGGACUCGUCCGCACCAUCCGAGCUACAGCACACCCCUGAGACCCUACCCUCAGAGGUCACCCAGGUUGAGGCGCCAUCAGGCUCAGCGCCACAGCCCGGGGGGCCGGAGGAUCCGGCGCUACCUCGGUCCUCGGAGCUAGCCCGACCCGCCAGCGUGCCGUCGGGGCUGGCCCUGACGAGCACAGAGUCGCCAGGCCCGGAGCCUGCACCUCCCACGGCGCAAGUGCCACCGCAGAAGCCUUGCAUGCUGCCGGUGCGCUGCGUCGUUCCUGGCCCCGCGGCGCUGCGGAUCCGCGCGGAGGAGCAGGGCCUGCGCCGGCAGCGCUCGGAGGAGCCGAGCCCACGGGGCUCCCCGAUGCUCCUGCGGAGGCUUUCGGUAGAGGAGUCGGGUCUGGGACUCCACCUGGGACCCGGCCGUUCCCCGCAUCUCAGGCGCCUGUCCCGCGCCGGUCCGCGCCUGCUGAGUCCGGACACGGAGGAGAUGCCCGUCGCGCCGCUACCGUCACCCGCGGUGCCCCUGGAGCCCACGGAGCACGAGUGGCUGGUGCGCACGGCCAGCGGUCGUUGGAGUCACCAGCUGCACGGGUUGCUCUUGCGGGACCGCGGCCUGGCUGCCAAGCGCGACUUCAUGUCCGGCUUCACCGCGCUACACUGGGCGGCCAAGAACGGCGACCGGGAGAUGGCUUUACAGCUGGUGGAGGUGGCGCGGCGUGGAGGCGCGCCCGUGGACGUGAACGCGCGCUCUCACGGUGGCUACACGCCGCUGCACCUGGCGGCUCUGCACGGCCACGAGGAUGCUGCUGUGCUGCUAGUGGUGCGCUUGGGUGCCCAAGUGCACGUCCGCGACUACAGCGGCCGGCGUGCCUACCAGUACCUACGGCCUGGCUCCUCCUACGCGCUGAGGCGUUUACUGGGUGACCCUGGCCUGCGAUCUAUGAUGGAGCCUGAUGCGGCCAGUGGUGGCAGUGGGAGCCUUGUGUCUCGGCACCCCGUGCAGGUAGCCGCCACCAUCCUCAGCUCCACCACUAGUGCGUUUCUGGGCGUCCUGGCCGAUGACUUGAUGCUCCAGGACCUGGCUCGUGGCUUGAAGAAGUCAAGUUCCUUCAGCAAGUUCUUGGGUGCCUCGCCCAUGGCUCCCCGAAAAAAGACCAAGAUUCGCGGUGGCCUGCCGUCCUUCACCGAAAUCUCUCAUCGAUCCACUCCAGGACCUUUAGCUGGUUUAGUGCCCAGUCUGCCCCCUCCAACCUGAAUGGCAUUGGAGCUACCACCUACCAGGGCCUGUGGCACGCUGUCUAAGCCUGUCCAAGACAGGCCCCAAACCGGCAGUCUGUCUCAUUUCCGAUUUUAUCUAUUGCAGCCUGGUGUAACCAGAUGGGCCUCCACCUUCUGUUUGAAAUUUGACGUGCCUACAGAGAUGGGAUUCUUUUUCCCCCGUUAGAGAAACCAAGCAGUCAUGCCCGAUCUUGGGAGGAGACUUGAAGUUUAGGGUCAAAGGUUAAGGGGCAGCAGCUGGUCUGGCCCCUGGAGGUGUUAACCAGAGGCCUCUGGGUGGACACAUUCCCAAAUCAGAAGUAGAGGGUGGCUUUCCAGAUGUUCAAAGAUGGCGACUUAAGAUCUGCAGUGGCUUUGUAAUUUGAUGCUUUUAUUCUGUUUUUAAAUUAGAAUGGGGUACAGCAACUUUGAUAAUACCUUUGAAAUUCUAUUUUUUUCCAUUUUUAGGCAAAGUAGUAAGACACUUUCAGUUUUUUGCUAAAUAUUUUGGAAAUUUAUCUUUUAAAGAGAUGGUUGAGUCUAAAAGAAAUUAGUCCUAAGCCAACAACACUAAAGCUUAUCUACCUCAUUGUAGGCAGUACAGAUUCUGGAAUCUUGAACAUGGAGUAACUAUUGUGAGCCUAAUGAAUGUAACUAAUCCCAAUUAUACUGUGAAUGUCGAAUAUUGAGAAACAAGGGUAUGGUUGGGCUUGUGAGCCAUGUUUUUAAUCCUAGCACUUGGGAGGCAGGGACAGGCAGAUCUCUGUGAGUUUAAGACCAACCUGGUCUACAGAGCAAGUUCUAGGCCAGCCAGGGCUACACAGAGAGACUCUGACUCAAAACAAAACAAACAACCUCCGUGCACACACACACACGGACAAAGACAGACAGACAGACAGAAACACACACACACACACAAAUCCCACACCAGAAGAAAAAAAAACCUCAAAGUGGACAGAAAAUGAACAAACAAACAAAAGUGUAUCUUGAGAGUGAAAGUGAAGUGAUUUAACGCAGAAAGAACGAGACGUUUUGGUAAAUACUUUUAAACUACUCCGGAACAUGUGUUCAUCACUAACCGGUGGCUGCUUUGAUUUGGCAUGCCAUUUUAAUUUUUUUUUAAUUAUGAUUUAAUUGUGAAUUCUGAAUCCAUAGUUUUCAGUGCAAUGGGUGACUGACUAGUCAAACAAAAAAAGAAGUUAUUAUACCAGAAGGAAAAAAAACUGAUAAAUAGAAACUGAAGUGAUUGCUACUUUUUUAUAUGAAAGUUCUGAACAAAUAAGUAUGUGAUAUUCAUUUUUCAAAAACCAUUUGAAAUAGCAAAUGUAGAGCAGAGACCUCGAUGAGUGGUUUAACUUCUGCCCCUUCGUUCCUUCCUAUGAAUGGGGCAGGCUCAUGGGCCCCGAGGUCUGGGUGGGCACAGGAGAACUGUAAAAGUAAUCCCCCCCCUCUGAGGUAUGACAUCUCUUUGCUCAGUCAACUUUUUGUAUGAAAUCAUGAUAUAUUACUGUUUUUGAAAAUUAUGUUUGCAUGUCAUCAGUCAUACUGAAUGGUUCUUGUGGCACAUGGAGUAUGGCUUCCUUUCCUAUAUUUGUCAGUGAGACCUUUGAAAUCAUUAAAGGCAUCCUAAUCGUCAAUUAUGGAACAAUGUAAGCAAUGAAAUAAAUAGUUUCUGGUUUUA